UAAUAUGAGCUCUUUCAGUUUCGUUAAGUAUUCCGGUUGUUUCCAUAUUCUAUAAAUAUGACAAUCGAUCUAGCAAUAAGCAUUAUCUGUAAUCAGUUAAAUAUCAGAUUGUUCAGAUAUUUAUCAUGGAGAAAUAUUAGUGACGGAAGAAAAUAGUAUCAUGGAUGAAGCGUGUAGUACAGAAGAGGAGACUGACUCCGAGGAUGAAGAACAAACAUGUAAUAGUUAUGACCAAACUCUUCUGUCAGUUGAGAAUUCUUCAGAUACUCAAACUUUAAAUAAAGAAGACCAAACUAAGGCAUCGACAGAGAACCACUCCGCAAGCAUUGCCUUUUAUGUCAGGGAUGCCAAAACAGGAAAAGUUUAUGGCUUAACAAACCGACAUAUUACCCUUCAAACAGACAAAAUUGAUAUUAAAAUGUCAAACAAAAACAAGUUUAUCCAAUUUGGCACAUCAGUUAAAACUUUGGAUUAUGAAAGUUUAGAUAUUGGAUUGAUAGAGAUUGAUUCCUCUAUAAAAGAUCAGUUAAGUAAUAAAGAGAACGUAGAUCAACGUGUUUGUAUCUAUUCUGGUCCUUUUGAAAGCAUUCAUAAUAAAGAAAUAUUUAAAUACAGACCUAGCGAUAAACUUUAUGAAGUGUGCAAAUGUGGUACACCCAAUUAUGGAAUUAUUGUUUCUGAGCGGGAACAUGAAGAGUCUAAACCAGAAAAUGGACAAUUUCUCGUCAAAAGUGAGAGUGGUGUUUUUGCCGUAAAAGGUGAAAGUGGUACCGCCGUAGCGUUCAAAAGAAAAGAAGACAAUGUAAUAGAGUUAGUUGGAAUUAUUUGCGGUGGAUCAGGCGACAAAACUGUUUGUCUAUUUCUUCCAGCUAUUAUUCAGUUUUCUGAGAAAAGAUAUGGUAUGACUCUAGAAUUACAUGAGUCUGAGUUUUAUUGCCGUGAUAAAACAGAAUCAAACUCAAUAAUUUCUGCAGCGAAAGUGGCCGAUAAAGCAAUGGCUGUGAAAGUCAUACCCUAUGGGGUAAAAAUAUAUUUCAUUUGUUCCACACCGGAGCAAAUUUCUCCAUUGAGUUUCGACUUGGUAGAACGUACUUUACAUUUGAUGUGCUUGUCCUAUGACACUGUAAACGUAGACAGUUUAAAGGACCUAGUGAGAAAAGAACAUGCUUUAUCGCUCUUGGUCAGUAAAAGAAGAAGUUUGAAUGAUAAUGCUAUCUUCGAAAGUGACGGACCUGGUUUUGUAGCAUUAGAAAACGGCAUGUUAGCGUGCGACUUUUUAUACCAGGGCAAGGCGAAACCAGCAGAAAACUGUCUAAAAUGGGCAAUUUUGGGAGUAAUAAAGUCAGAUGACUUAGGACUUAGGCUGUUUUGUAAGCUCGUCACAUACAUCACGUGGUAUUGUCUUCUCGCCAAUACAAAUACGUCUUUGGAUGAUUUGAAACGUUUGCUUGAAGACGGCAUAGAUAGUUUUGAAUGCGAUUUCAUGAGCUCAGCUGACUUUCCAUUGGAGACAUUAGGAUACUUGUAUUUUGAUUAUUCCAGAUAUUACAUGACAAUGUGCUACAAUUUGCCUAGACGAGGUCCUAAACAGAGCAAUAACAUUGCUGAGGAAAGCUUUAGAUUAAAAGCAGUUGAAAAAGCAAAGCAAUCUGUGAAGAUUUUUAAGGAAGACCAUAACGGGAAGAAGAGUGCAGAAACACUGAGAAGACUAGUGCUGGCAAAGUGUCAGCAAGUAUAUGCUCUACUUGGUUGUGGUCAUGAUUUCAACACUUGUGAGGAAGUAUCCAAUGAACAAGUAACAGAAGCUGAAGACAUUAUCAAGAGUAUGGAAGAAGUGAAUAUGAAGGAAAUACCAUUAGUGCAAAAUGUGGAUUACUUGAUUGCAUUAUGUGACUUGCAGUAUAGAAAGGGACAUACGUCGAAAGCUUUGAAAACGGUCCGUAAAUGUUUCGAAAACUCCGAAAUCAAUGAGUACCAUGUAGGGUUCUAUAGAGCUAAAUGCAGAGAGGAAAUGCUGUCCAAAUUAAAAUAACGAUAUUUUCUAUAAGUUAUCAGUGUAUGAAUUUCUGUUUUUAUUUGUUGGUUGCCUUUGAUACCUGACAAAUAAAGAUAAAACUAUUAUUAA